UGCAGCCCUGAGUCACCGAGAGGCCCCUGAUUUGUGGAUAUACCGGAUGGAAAUGUCUGAGGCAGUCAAACCCCUGACCUCCUUCCUCAUCGAGGACAUCCUCUCCAUUAAGGAGAGCACAGGAUAUAAUGGAAAAUGCUGUUUGGAGAAGAUGGAGAGAUGUUCACAGUGGAGAGAGGAAUGUUUGUCAGAGCAGCUUUGCCCUCAGAAGACAGCUUUUGGGGAGCAGACAGAGUCUCUGGACACAUCCUUCAGCAGCUCCUCAGAGUCCAACAGUUCCUCCUCCGCGGGGAAACAGAAGCGCUCCAGAGCUGCGUUCACACACCUCCAAGUGCUCGAGCUGGAGAAGAAAUUCAACCACCAGAAAUACCUGUCUGCCCCGGAGAGGGCUCACCUGGCCAGCACCUUAAGACUCACCGAGACCCAAGUGAAAAUCUGGUUUCAGAACCGGAGGUACAAGACGAAACGAAAGCAGCAAGCAUCAGAGUUCUGUAAGGACGCGUACAAAGCAGAGGGACUUGGGCUGAGAGAGGAUUUGGUCAGAUCGUCACUGAUCACCUCCUUCUGUAAAGCUUAUCAAUACAGACCCUACCUGUGGGACUACAGCGGCCCCUGGGCGCCAACGUUAUGGUGAAACUGAUAUGAUGUAUGAAUUUAUAAACGUAUGUUUAGUGUCCCUGAUGUUGAGGUUCUAUGUUGACAAUCAAGCUGAUUAUUUUUGUUAUUUGAGGCUGAUUUUAAAGCUCAUGUGUUAUCAUCUCAAAUAUCAUUUUUUCAUGAUCAUCCUGUUAUUUUUCAUGCUUUAUGAAAAUGACGCUGUAAAAAAAAAAAAUCAUAUAAAUCUCGUGGUAAUGGACAUGAUGAAGUCAGCUGUAGCUUUGUUGUUUAAUUCAUUAUUAAAUUAAUUUUGAUACACUCUACUUUUCUUCAAACCUCUGUGUGAAAAAUACUCUCUCAAGUUUAAAAAGUGUGUUGUGAAAAUGACAGUAUGACAAAACAUAAAGAAAG